AUGCAGCAUUGCAAUCCAACCAACAUUCCAGUUGAGUUUGGCUUGAAACUAACCAAAGCUGGGAGCGGAAAGAAGACGGAUAGCACUUUUUACAAGAAAAUUGUGGGUAGUCUAAUGUACCUAACUGCUACAAGACCAGACAUCAUGAAUGGAGAAAAGGCAGAUUUGAUUGGCUUUACUGAUAGCGAUUAUGCAGGAGAUCAAGAUGGUAGAAAGAGCACUUCAGGUUAUGUCUUUAUACUAGGCACAGGGGCUGUAUCGUGGUCUUCCAAAAAGCAAACAGUUGUCACAUUAUCAAGCACAGAAGCUGAAUUUGUAGCUUCUAUAGCUUGUGCCUGUCAAGCUAUUUGGCUUUGGAGAAUCCUUAAAGAGUUGCAAUUCAAGAUGGAAAGUGCUACUAUGAUAUUUUGUGACAACAAUUCUUCAAUCAAGUUGUCAAAGAAUCCUGUGAACCAUGGAAGAAGCAAUCACAUUGAUGUGAA